CGGGAGAGCGUGAGGGACGCACGUGACGUCGACGUGACGAGCCCGCGACGUGGUCGAGUGAGUGUGGUGUGUGAUGGAUCUGUGCUAGUGGUUUACUUUAGACAAGAAGAGGAACAAAGGAUAGCUGCUAUGAAAUGGGCAUUCGAGCGUUACGAAGAGGGUGCUGGGUGAUUCUAUUACUUAUAAGUUUUACAGAAAGUGAUUGGCUCAACUGCGGGAACAUAGAAGAAUGUCAUUGCAAAUGGUCUUCAGGAAAGAAAACCGCAUCAUGCAUCUCGGCUGGUCUCAUAAAAGUACCCCAUUUGGCUACAGAUAUACAAGUGCUGGACUUGCACGGAAAUCAGUUAAAAACAUUAGGACAGGAUGCUUUCGCCAGUAUCGAUUUGUUAAACCUUCAACGUAUCAAUCUCAGUUCCACGAGCAUUCGCUCUUUGCACCCUAAUGCCUUCCGGGAGCUGCGGAUACUGAUAGAGUUGGACCUCUCACAAAAUGAACUACAUCAAAUAUCACCUGACACGUUUCGAGGCAACGAUCGUUUAAAACUACUGAUUCUUAAUGACAACCCGUUAACAACCUUAGUCGCUGAACAAUUCCCACCUUUGCAACAUUUGAAGAAGCUAGAGCUUUCGAGAUGCCAAUUGCAUACUAUACAUCCAUUUACAUUUGUAAACUUACGAGCAUUAGAAACAAUUAAUGUACACCAUAACUUACUCUCUUAUUUGCAUCAAAACACUUUUAACUUACCUGUAUUAAAAACAUUAACGUUGUCUGACAACCCUUGGUACUGUGAUUGUAGACUAAGAGAUUUUCACGAAUGGUUCUUAAAUAGCAAUUUGGGAAAUGAAGAAAUCUUCUGUGGAGGACCAGAGAGGAAGGCACAAGCAUCAUGGCGAAAUAUGAAAGGCAACGAAAUGGUUUGUCCACCUCUGGCAUCAUCAAUCCCUACCGUUAUCAGAACUGAAACUGGAGCUGAUAUUUCAUUUGGAUGCUUUGCACGGGGUGAUCCGAAACCAACAAUCACAUGGACUUUUCAUAAUGUAGACAUAAACAACAUAACGAACAAAUUCAGUGAAAUAGUGAUUUACAAAUAUCAAACGGACCAUUUCGAUGACUAUAGGGAUGAUUAUAUAAAUAAAAGUGCUCAGUGGUUGAACGUGACUAUUUCUAAUGUGACAAAUGAUUUGGCAGGGGAGUGGAAAUGUAUUGCUAAGAGUACCGUAGGAGAAGCGUCUGCAUAUUUAACGAUAUUUCUGCCCAAAGCGCGGACUGCUACCGCUAGACUACCGCCGAACUAUUCGACAUUUUUUAUAUUGGGAGGUUCUAUGUUAGCGAUGACUGGAGCCGGAUUCAUAGCGGCGUGCGUAUGUUGGAAGACAAGGCGCCGAAGAGUUCCACCUAGCAGAAGCUUUACCGAUCAGGAAAAGAAAUUGUUAGAUACGUCUUUAGCUGCUAGCUGCGAUCGGACCAGCGCUGACUUAGGUUCCUCAUAUGGAUUCGAAAUGUUUGAUAGAUCAAUGUCUAUGGAAAGUGAGGAUACGCGUUGUAUGGAACCGGUUCAGAUAACUAUAGAGGGUCCCCCGGGUUCAUUCCCUCCGCCUCCCGCAGAGUUCGCAUUACCCGCUCCGUACGGUAAUAUUUUUAUAUCUGUUCAAGUAUCGGGUCACAAUGACGAGUAUCCAGACUUGCUGAGCGGUGGUUCCACGUUACCAAGACGAAGUAGGACAUGUUUUCUAAAAUCUGUUUAUGACAACAUGGGUCCGAGGAUAACAGCAGCCGGCAGUUCCACUUGGUCGCUCCCUGGUGCCAAUCCUGAUAAGAAAAGUGUUGACAGAGACACUGAUAAUACCAUGCCGUUGUCAACAUUUUCAACUGAGUUUACGGCUCUUUAGAAAUAAUGAAAAAUUAUUUGUAAAUAAAUUACUACGACUUUAAUAUAUGGUUCAUUUGCGUGUGAAAGGUUAUUGGUAUUAUUAUACAAUGAAUUCUAUUGACAUAUCAAUUACGUAGAAUAAAGAC